AUGGAGCCAAACAACAGAACAACACAUACGGUAACAGAAUUCCUCAUCACAGGAUUGGAUGAAGUACAACACCCAAAGGUGGUGGGACUAGCCAUUUUGUUGGUCCUCUUUCUCAUUCUGAUCGGAAGCAUCACUAACAUUUGUGUCAUAGCAUUCAACAAGCCUCUGCAUACCCCCAUGUACUUUUUUAUUUGCUCGCUGGCAGUGGUAGACAUAGUCUACACCAGCGGCAUUAGUGUGACAAUGCUUAACGUUCUCCUUGCCUUGAUAAUCAUCUCAUACAUAAAGAUAGUUUAUGUAGUGAUACAAAUGUCUUCAUCCAAAGACAGGAGGAAAACAUUUAACACCUGUGUCUCCCACAUGAUAGUGGUGGCUUGCUUCUUUAUCCCCAAGGUGUUGAUAAUAUUGGUCACCAGGGAGAUUCGAGGGCGCCUGAAAUAUAUUUUCAAGAGAUCUGACAUUUCUCCAAAUAUGUAA